GUGAUCAUGUACCUUUUUGCUAUUUUGACAGAGUGCUGCAGAGUUGGAGCGGCGAAGAGAAAAGUUUACAAAGGAGCUGGAUUUUGUUUUCGCUGAUGUGGUGAUGGCCAUUAUAGCAGAUUUUAUGCUGGUCUGGCUUCCUGCUCCCACCGUUUCUCUCCGACCCCCCCUCGCUGUCAAUGCUGGAGCACUUUCUACGUUCUUCUAUGGCUGUCCUGAUAAUGCUUUUCAGGUCACUCUGGCUGGUAGCUCUUACUCAUUGUUGCAGAGAAUAGGUGCAAUUCUGCGUAAUGGGGCCAAGCUUUUCGUAGUCAGGACUGGUGCAUCUUUGAUUGGUACAGGUUUGACAAAUGUGUUGAUAAAUACAAGAAAGCUUUUCGAUAAAACCUUUGCGGUUGAGGCAGAGGAUGUGCCUGUCCUCUCCACCAGUGUUGCAUACGGAGUAUACAUGGCAGUUUCUAGCAAUUUAAGAUAUCAGGUCCUGGCUGGAGUUAUAGAACAGAGAAUCCUAGAGCCCUUGCUACACCAGCACAAGAUCAUACUCAGUGCGUUAUGCUUUGCUGUUCGAACUGGCAAUACAUUCUUGGGUUCAUUGAUGAAGUCAUGCAAGGGAAUGGAGUUAGUUCUAUAUGAAGACAUGAAUUUGUAACAUGUUUAAAUUAGGUCUCCAUGGCUGGCCCAAAAAAAAGGUCAUGACGGGAAGUCAUAUGAUUAUGUAACCGGUAUGGAUACACAUAGUGCCUAUAUGUUUCUUCAUGUACUUUUCACCAUUUAGAUAUACCGAUAGCUAACAUAUACAUAUACUCCACUGGUUUUACACAAUACCAGUGUUAAUUUCUUUCUCUUUAGAAUUUUAGUGAGCUAGCAGAUCAUAUCAAGUUCUACUUCAACACAUGCAGAAUCGAACGCAAUUCUGUACCCAAUUUUCC